AUGGUUGACGCCGGGAGCAGCGCCGAUGUCAUAUUCUGGGAAGCAUUUGAGCAGCUCGGAUUAGACAAAACACUCAUCCAUCCCAGCAGAGCCCCCUUGACGGCCUUUGAAGGUUCCGAAGUAUGGCCUGUGGGCGAGAUUUCAUUACCAGUGACGACUGGAGGGAAAACUGUGGAGGUCGAUUUCGUCAUUGUCAAAAAGUCAUCGGCCUACAAUGCCAUCCUAGGCAGGGAUUGGCUCCAUAGGAUGGGAGCCGAGGCUUCAACUAGGUGUCAGGUACUCAAGUUUAUUUCCGAUGACGGCCAGCAGGUGAUAUCGGUUCGAGGCGAUCAACUGCUCUCCAAGAAGUUGUAUGCCAUGGAAAUCAAACGCUCUCCGCCGCCAAAGAAGGAAGAUGAGGAGCUUGAACCCGAACCAGUGACCACUGAGCCACUUCGGGAAAAAGCCCUCGACGCUUCUGGCGAGAGGAAGGUACUGGUAGGCACCCUCCAAACUGAAGAGGAACAAGCUCGUUUAUUGCAAUUCCUGAGUGAAAAUCAGGAUGUGUUUGCAUGGUCACACAAGGAUAUGCCUGGGAUCGACCCGGGUGUCGCAUGUCACAAGUUAAAUAUAGACCCAAGCUUCAAGCCUUACAGGCAGCGUCAACGACGUUUCGCCCCCGAGAGGAAUAAGAUUAUCAGUGACGAGAUUGACCGCCUCCUUGAGGUAGGCUUUAUACGUGAAGUGUGGUGCCCAACUUGGGUCUCAAACGUGGUGGUAGUAAGAAAGAAGAAUGGAAAAUGGAGAGUGUGUGUAGAUUAUUCGAAUCUAAAUAAGGCAUGCCCUAAAGAUUGUUAUCCGCUCCCCAAGAUUGACCAACUCGUGAACGUGACUGCCGGGUGUGAGCGUCUAUCUUUCUUGGAUGCAUAUUCCGGUUAUAACCAGAUACCUAUGGCCCCUGAAGAUCAAGAGAAAACAUCGUUCAUUUCAGAACGAGGCCGGUAUUGCUAUACAGUCAUGCCGUUCGGCCUCACCAACGCCGGUGCGACUUAUCAGAGGCUCGUCAAUCGAAUGUUCAAAGAUUUACUUGGGAAAACCAUGGAAGUUUACAUCGAUGAUAUGGUGGUUAAAAGCAAGCAUCGGAAGAAUCACAUAGAGCAUUUACAGGAAGCAUUCGAGAUACUAAGGCAGUAUGGCAUGAGGCUCAACCCGACCAAAUGCGCGUUUGGGGUAUCAUCAGGACAGUUUUUGGGACAUCUUGUGAGUAAAAGGGGGAUUGAGCCGAACCCAGAGAAGGUCGAAGCCAUCGCGCAAAUGCGCGACCCAGAGACGAAAGAGGAUAUACAAGUACAGUUUCUCUCUGUGCCCCGCGAUGGAGAGCCCCUCUGCGUUUACUUGGCAAUAUCAGAUGUGGCAACCAGCGCCGCUUUGUUCAGGGAAGAGGGAUAUCGGCAAGAACCCAUAGCCUAUAUGAGCCACAGCCUCCUGGAUGCCGAAACAAGGUACUCCUCGUCUGAAAAAGUAAUCCUCGCCCUGGUUACGGCAAAAAGGAAGUUGCGACAAUACUUCAAGGGGCAUAGCAUCACAGUAUACACCAAUUUGCCGAUUCGUGCCAUCCUGUCAAAACCAGACACAUCUGGAAGAAUGGCCAAAUGGGCAAUCGAGCUAAGUGAAUUCGACAUUACAUAUAAGCCAAGGUCGGCGCUCAAGGGUCAGGCAUUAGCAGAUUUCUUGGUUGAGGGUCACUUCCCAGCAUCGAUCCUUGAGAUCUCGUGGCAGGACCCAUUUUGGGAGAUGCACGUCGACGGUGCAUCCAAUUUCUCAGGAGCUGGGGCAGGCAUUUUACUUCAAAGUUCCGAGGAUGUAUAUUCCGACUCACAACUAGUUGUCAACUUGUCUAAUGACGACUACGCCGCCAGGGACAGACGUAUGUCUAGUUACCAAGACUUGGUUCGAGAUUUGAUGCGCAAAUUCGAGCAACUUUCACUGGUCAAAGUACCUCGUGAGAAGAAUUCCUGUGCGGAUGAGUUGACUAAGGCCGCUUCAGGUUGCACGGAGGUCAUCAACAUCGUUAAGAUCGAGGUGCUCGAAGGACCAAGCAUUGAAGGGAACAAGUUGCGACGACAAGUCAUGGCGGUCGACUCAAUUCCGAAUGACUGGAGAGGUCAAAUUGUGAAUUACCUUGAAUUUGGCAUACAACCAGACGAUCCAAUUGAGGCCAGAAAACUCAGCAUGAAGGCUGUACGAUACCUAGUUGUCGAGGACGAACUUUUUAAACGCUCAUUUUCCGGACCCCACCUUCGAUGCCUGGGACCUUCUCAGGCAAGACUCGUCCUUGAAGAAAUUCACGAAGGGUCAUGCGGGGCACACCUCGGCGGCAGGACCCUUGCUCAUAAGAUACUCUCUCAGGGAUACUAUUGGCCAUAUCUCUCGCGGGAGGCCGAACAAUAUGCUAAGAAAUGCCAGCAAUGCCAACGGCACGCUCCAGUAAGCCAUUCGCCUGCCGAAGAGCUUCAUGCAUUAUCCGGCCCAUGGCCUUUCGCCAGAUGGGGCAUGGAUAUAGUCGGCCCCUUACCAACGGCACCAGAAGGAUUCAAGUACGCGCUACUUGCUACUGACUAUCACACGAAAUGGGUCGAAGCAGAUUCAUAUGCCACAAUAACGGGAGAGACCGUGGCAACAUUCACAUGGAGGAACAUUAUAUGUCGAUUCGGUAUCCCGCGUUACCCACAGGGUAACGGUCAAGCCGAAAUAACAAAUCGUACUAUUUUCGACGGAGUCAAGCGGCGAUUGGAGCGUAAACAAGGCAAAUGGAGUGAGGAGUUGCAACAUGUUCUUUGGGCCUAUCGCACCACACGUCAGAAGCCAACCGAUGAAACUCCGUAUGCCUUGACUUAUGGUAUGGAGGUUGUCAUCCCUACUGAAAUCAUUCUCCCUACAGUCAGAACUCUUACCGUUGAAAAGGGAGAUAACGAGGAGCAAAUAGCAAGGCAUCUGGAUCUCCUCGAUGAAAGGCAAGAAGCCGCCGCCAUUCACCUUGCCAAUUAUCAGAAUCAAGUGGCAAGAUAUUUCAACAAAGGUGUCCAGCCGCGCGCGUUCCGGGUGGGAGAAUUUGUUCUGAAAAGGGUGGUCGAGGAUAUCAAAGACCACGGCGCGGGCAAAUUCAAACCUGUUUGGGAAGGGCCUUACGAGAUAACUGAAGUCUACAGCAAGGGGGCAUACCGACUCCGGAAUAUAGACACUGAAUGUGCACUACCCCGCCCGUGGAAUGCUAUCUAUUUGAAAAAAUAUUACAGUUAA